CCUCACUCACUCACUCACUCUCUUGCGCGCCCGCGGCUCUCAGAGGAAGUGCUGCUUGUGCUGAAGGAACGGCUGGGAGCGCAACAUACACGGACGCAGCGCGAGCGAGGACACCACGCGCAAAGAGGUGCACCUGUAAUCCACGCUGCUCACGCGCCGAUGUGCGGAUAGUGUGAGAGCAUCCAGAAGAGAUAUUCGACACCACGCGCAUACCCAUGCUUGGGAUUUGGCUUUCUUUUUCUUCGCUAAUGCAAAAGGAAAUAUGCAGCGAAGCCUCACACUGCUCUGCACCAGUUUUCUGGGAUUGUGCCUCGGUUCCAGUUUUCCAAGUAAUAUCAACAUAGGAGGGUUAUUCCCAACCGAAUCACACGAAUAUGAAGUGUUUCGGUUUGCGCUCUCGCAUCACCAGGAUAUCCCUAAACUGGUACCUCAAGUGGAUAUGGUCAAAAUGGGAAAUAGCUUCUCCAUGACAUAUGCUUUCUGUUCGCAGUUCUCCAAAGGAGUGUACGCCAUCAUCGGCGUGUACGACAGGAAGACUGUCAACAUGUUGAUGUCGUUCUGCGGUGCACUACACGUCUGCUUUGUGACGCCCAGCUUCCCCAUGGAAAACUCCAACCAGUUUGUCAUCCAGCUGAGACCCGAACUGCAGGAUGCCCUGGUGGGCGUAAUCGAGCACUACAAGUGGUCCAAGUUUGUCUACAUGUACAGCUCGGACUCUGGACUGUCAGUUCUGCAGAAGGUUCUGGACACAGCAGCAGAGCAUAACUGGCUGGUGACCUCCGUAAAUGUUGAGACAAUGACAGAAGCGUCCUUCCUCAAAGUGUUCCAGGACCUGGACAAAAGGAAGGAGGGCCAGAUCAUCAUCGACUGUGAGCUGGAGAGACUCACCUCCAUCCUGAAGAAGAUCAUCGAGUUGGGGAAGAACGUGAAGAGCUACCACUACAUACUAGCAAACCUGGGGUUUCUGGACGUUGACCUGACAGAGUUUAAGAAGGGUGAGGCCAAUGUAACAGGCUUCCAGCUGGUGAACUACCCAGACCCUAACAUCAGUAGGAUAGUGCAGCAGUGGAUGGACUUUGACAACAAAGACGCCAAAGUUCCCAAGCGAGGACUGAAGUACACCGGCGCUCUCACAUACGAUGGAGUCAAAGUUAUGUCUACAGCCUUCCAGAACCUCCGUAGGCAGAGGAUAGAUAUAUCUCGCCGUGGAAAUGCUGGAGAAUGUCUGGCCAACCCACCAGCACCUUGGGGCCAAGGCAUCGAUAUUCAGAGAGCACUUCAGCAGGUUCGUAUUGAAGGCCUAACAGGACACAUUCAGUUUAACGAAAAAGGACGAAGGACAAACUACACUGUUAGUGUGAUGGAGCUAAGGCCAACAGGACCGAAAAAAGUGGGUUACUGGAAUGAGGAUGAGAAAUUUGUGAGCACGGCGGCCUACAUGCCAGGCAGUAAUGACACUUACGGACUUCAGAAUCGCACAUAUAUUGUUACCACUAUUCUGGAAUCACCGUAUGUCAUGCUGAAGAAGAACCACGAGCAGUUUACAGGAAAUGAUAAGUAUGAAGGUUACUGUGUGGAACUGGCAGCUGAGAUAGCCAAACACGUGGGAUACCACUACAUACUCAAGAUAGUGGCUGAUGGGAAAUAUGGAGCCAGAGAUCCUGAGACCAUGAUGUGGAAUGGGAUGGUGGGAGAGCUUGUCUACGGUAAAGCUGACGUAGCCGUGGCCCCACUGACCAUCACCCUGGUCAGGGAGGAAGUCAUUGAUUUCUCCAAGCCCUUCAUGAGCCUCGGCAUCUCCAUCAUGAUCAAAAAGCCCACUAAGUCCAAGCCUGGUGUGUUCUCCUUCCUGGACCCUUUGGCCUAUGAGAUCUGGAUGUGUAUAGUGUUCGCCUACAUCGGUGUGAGCGUGGUCCUUUUCCUAGUCAGCCGCUUCAGUCCCUACGAGUGGCACGCAGAUGACUGCGAGGAAGGAGCAGAGCAGAACCCUAACCAACCCUCCUCCUCGUCCGCUCAACCGGGUCAGGGCCAGCAGAACCAGAACCAGCAGAGUCAGGAGCAGACCAACGAGUUUGGCAUCUUCAACAGUCUCUGGUUCUCACUGGGAGCUUUCAUGCAGCAGGGCUGUGAUAUUUCCCCCAGGUCUCUCUCUGGCCGUAUCGUGGGUGGUGUGUGGUGGUUCUUUACUCUGAUCAUCAUCUCCUCAUACACAGCCAACCUAGCUGCUUUUCUCACAGUAGAGAGGAUGGUGUCACCCAUCGAGAGUGCAGAGGAUCUGGCCAAACAGACUGAGAUUGCUUACGGGACUCUAGAUGCCGGCUCCACCAAAGAGUUCUUCAGGAGGUCAAAGAUUGCAGUCUUUGAGAAGAUGUGGUCUUAUAUGAAGUCUGCCGACCCCUCAGUGUUUGUGAAAACCACAGAUGAAGGAGUUAUACGGGUGAGGAAAUCCAAAGGGAAGUAUGCAUACCUGCUGGAGUCCACCAUGAACGAGUACAUCGAGCAGCGCAAACCCUGUGACACUAUGAAGGUCGGAGGAAACUUGGACUCCAAAGGCUACGGCAUCGCCACCCCCAAAGGAUCCCCUCUCAGAAUCCCAGUUAACCUAGCGGUGUUGAAACUCAGUGAGCAAGCCGUCUUAGACAAACUGAAAAACAAAUGGUGGUACGAUAAGGGGGAGUGUGGAAGCAAGGACUCCGGAAGAAAGGACAAGACCAGUGCUCUUAGCCUCAGCAAUGUGGCUGGGGUUUUCUACAUUUUGAUCGGCGGUCUGGGUCUGGCCAUGCUGGUGGCCCUGGUGGAGUUCUGCUACAAGUCCAGAACAGAGUCCCACAGAAUGAAGCAAUCCAUCAAUGACGCCAUGCGCUGCUCCACGCUGACCAGGAUGAGCGGGAAUGGUAGCGGCGGGGAGAAUGGGCGGAUUGUCACACAUGACUUCCCCAAAGCUGUGCAGACGCUGCCGUGCAUGAGCCACGCGGCCAGCAUGGGCCUGGGAGCCUCUGGCAUGUGACCAUCUUGACGGAGCGUCACGCGUCACAUGUAACGCACGGACCUCCCGUUCACCUGCCGUCUGCCCCUAUGUCUGUCUGCCCGCCCGCAACAGACGCACCGUACUGCCAAAAUGCACUCGAAGACUCUUCUCAGUGAAUAGCCACCAAUAAAACUCUUUUCUAAAGAAAAAAAAAACAUAAAAAAAAGUGCUGCAAUAACAAGCCUGUGGGACUCUUUGGGAAAAAUAGUGUUCGUUUAUGUCAUGAAUUCAGAAAACAAAAAAGAGAAGUCUUGUGUCCGAUGCGACACUCGCGCUGUGCCAAUAUUAUAAACCUGUUUACUUCUGUCUGAGUGUGCAAUAUUUUAGUUCAUAUCAGUGUUCGCAAUGUUGUCUUUAACUUGACUUUCUUUACAAAGAUUAGCUCACAGAGAUGUUUUUUUUUUUUUUUUGCACAAAUAUGUUCGAUGAAAUGAAAAAAGCUAGUUCAUUUUCCUUAUACUUACUAGAAAAGAGUUUAGAGUAAGCUAACGAGCAAGAUCUUACGCAUUUACAGUAUAUGGAUCCAAUGCCCCGUAAACAACAUUGCUUAUUUCUCUCGGCCACUCUGUGUAUUGAACAAACAUAUCAGCUCAUUUAACGACCUGUCCAUAGUGUAAAUACUCCAAUGUGAAUCUGAAACCGAGUGAGGGAGAAAUUUGAUUUGUUGUCGAUCGGUAGAGCAUAGCGGAACUGAACUGAACUGAUUAUCCUGCUCUGUGAUUUCCCACCUCAUGGACCUUGCAUAGCUGCUACGCCUUGUUUUAGGCGCCAUACCUCAUCAGAGACCUGGGAGCGAGCGGCCACCUGUUUUGAUUGCCACUUCAUUUGGAGCUCUCAUAGGACAGAGUCAAAUUUGACCUCAGUUAUGGGCAAAUGUGCUUUAAUGAGCUAGUGUGUCCCCAACGCAAACUAUCAGUUCUCAUUGACGUGAAACCAUUGAGAAUACUUUAAGAAAAGUUCAUUCAAAUGGUGUUCUUUUAACACAAAGGAUACUUUGAAAAAGGAAUAUCCAGAGAUUUCCACCAAAUCUAAACGCCCAUCAUUCAGUUUCUACACAUCCCUUGCCACAUUUGGCUAAUUUGAUCAUUCUGAAAGAGUGUGGCACUCUCGGCUUACUGCAUUUAAAAUCUAUUCAGCAGAUUUUCCGCUACAAUCCAUGUAGAAAUUGUCAAACUGUCUAUGUGGGCCUACAUGGAACACGCCUUAAAGAGAUAGUUCACCCAAAAAUGAAAAUUCUGUCAUUUACUCACCCACACACAUUGUUCCAAAUGGCACCCAUAUCACAUUUUAUGUGUGCACAAAACAAUAUAUUUUCCAUAUUUUAUAUGUCAAUUAUAUGCAUUGUUUGGACCCCACUGACAAAAACAUUGCUGUAGGUCAUACAGGUUUGGAACAACGUUAGGGUGAAAAAAUAACAGAUUUUUAAUGAUUGAGUCAACCAUAAAUUGUUUUCUUUUAAGAGAACUAACAAAGAAAAAAGUGAGGACAUCUACUGGAUCCAAAUACUGGUGAAACAUAGGCUGUUCUGUGCGGUAUACACACUGUGCGACAAGUCUCCUGAAGAGAUGGUGUUUGUGGAGAUAUCAUUGAUCGGCUACUGGAGCCAAGCUGACCUUUCUGAGCUCUUGGCUUCUUCACUGCAGGCUUUCAGAACAUGGCUUCCAGCUCAACAUAAACAGCUCUACCUAUUCAGCCUUCCCCUGCACACUGCCAUUGUACUGCAAAACAUGACAAACUGUGUGGCCAUCGAAACUCGCUUCUAUUUUUCUGCGUUUUUCUUUCCAUUUUCUUGAUGUGUUUUAUUAGGCACAGAACACUGCAGUCCUUUAUGGCCUCAUGUGAGAGCAGUAUUUUAUAAGCAGUAAAAGAUUUGUAAAGUUCAAGUGAGACAUUUAACAUUUAUACCGCUGUGAGAUUUUGAAGAGUUGACUGAACUAGUGUUUUACACAUUGCUGACGUAACGUUACUCGGAUAUUCUCACUGAUAAGGAUGUUGAUUUUGAUUAGUUAAGAGAGAAAUGGAGUCUUUGUGUUUUCUGCUUUAAAUGUUGAUUUUUUUGGGGGGGAUUUCAUUCCAGAAAUGAUACUCGCCUAUUUCUUGAUUCCUCAAUCUUGAACAUUUUAUUUGGUAUAUUUUCUGUUUGUUUUAUUUUAUUGUUUUAUUUGAUCAUUUUUUAUCAUAAAAGAGAGAUGUGGUUGAAUCAAAUUUACUGGAAAAUACAUUCAAUCAAUAAUAAAUAAAACUUUUCUAACCACAGUCA